UAUGUGUUGUGAAAUAUUACGACGACUGUAAACUUGGGAACUGCUGAUAAAUGAAACGCUGACGUGUUUAUGAUGUACACGUGACAGGUGCGGUUUCUGAAACACUGAAACUGGAGAUAAGAAGGGUUGAAAGGUUCUGCAGAUUUUGAGGAAGGACGUUUUUUUGGGAGAAAGCACGGGUUACGUAUCGAGAUGGAUGCGUCUGGAACAGAGCAACAGUGCGACGACUGGGAUGAUUUUAGCGAUUCAGAAUUACUCGACUUCUUAUGCGAGAUAGAAAGCAUCGACUCUCAAAGGGCUCCCGAUAGCCAAGUUAAUGCAGAACCCUCUGUAUAUUUUGAAAGCCCCAGUGUAUCUUCCACAUCAAUGCAAAAUUGUACCGAAGCAGCAUCCAGGCGUGAAACUGUACAAAGUGACGAGUUAAGGGGUUUAAAGAGAAAGAGCCUCCAUAAAGACAGCAUAAGUCCAAUGCAGCACUUCUUGAAACGUCAUCUAAGUGUAUCUCUCCUCUGUGACCAGUCAUGGUGUGAGAUGAAAACUGUAUACAGUCUUUUGAAGCCACAUGUUAAGAGAAAUGAUAUGCAACGGGCUGAGGUGCAGAUGGGAAAAGACAUUCAUUUAUCAAGAGAACUAGAGAUACAGAAUGUUGUCCCAGUAGAUAUCUCGACCAGAGAAGAAGGUGAAGCUAUUAAACUGCUCAACAUGUUACACAUGACUCAACUAUUAGGAGCAGGAGAAUGUGUGCGAGAGUUCCCAGUGUUUGGUGUCCUGGAAGGUGUUUUCAUUAUGGGGGUCAUCGAUGAGCUCAGGUAUAACCUGAAGGGAGAGCUGGUCCUAAAUGAGCUUAAAACUCGCAAACACAAUUCAAUGCCUUGUUCUGCACAAGAUAAAGUCAACUGCUUUCAGGCGGACCUGUAUAAAUUACUUUUCGAUGGAUUGGUCAGAGGGGAAGUGAAGAAAGAGCACAUUCUAUUUCACCUUAAACUGCGUUCACACCAGGUGCUCGGAGCAGGAGUCCGGGCCCAUGCUAAAAACAUUGGGGUUCAUGUGGUUACUUUUGAGGAUGUGCUGGAUGCCUUUCUGGUAACUAUGUCAUGCAGUGAUCUGCCGUGUAUUGACCUGCUUCAGCUGGAAUACCAUCACCAAGGUUCUAGAGGGCCUAUUGGGACCCGGGUCACUCAUUUUGACGAAGCUCAGCUACGGGAGGAUCUAAAGGGUUAUUUGGCUUACUGGAGGGGGGAGAGAGAACCCAAAGGAGUGGACAUAGAAGAGGCCUGGAAAUGUAGGUCAUGCCUGUAUAAACAGACCUGCAGUUGGACAAAGAAUAGAUCACCAAUGGCUGAUCAAAAUGUAGCUGGUGGUAGCAGAAACUUAAACUAGAAAUUAACAUUUGGACAUAUUUUUUUUUGUUUUCUUUGUCGUUUUGGCUUUAAAGGUACUGUGUAAUUUUUCUAAGGAUCUAUUUACAGACAUGCAAAAUAAUUUACAUAAUUGUCUUUAGAGAAAAGACCACACAUAAUGAAUUGUUAUGUUUUUAUUACCUUAGAAUGAGCUAUUUCUAUCUACAUACACCGCGGGUCGCCUUGCAUGGAAAUCACCAUGUUGUUUCUACAGCAGCCCUAAACGGACAAACUGCUCUACAGAGCAUGUUUCGUAAAUAUGUUAUCUCCUACUGCAAAGAAGUGAAAAUGUGACGACAUAUUAGUCCUGUGUAAGCCGCGGUAGUGCUUCGAAAGGUGUGGAGGGGUGGAGUGAGCCGUUGGUUGCAAUUCAUAACCUCACCUCUGGAUGCCGCUAAACUCCAUACACUGGACCUUUAAAGCUAUAUGCAUAGGAAAUGUUUGCAUUUCAAACUAUUAACAUUUUUAUAUUAUGGAUGACAGUAUUAGUUAAAGUGUUUUUAUGGGACCAGAAUUUAUGUCAAACUGACAUUUGUACGAAGUUCAAGUGACCGCUUAAAGGAGUAGUUCACUUCAAAAUAAGCCCCUGUUGACUUUCCAUAGUAAAUUGUAUUCCUACUAUGGAUGGUCUAAGGGGGCUUAUUUUAAAUAGAAAUACUCCUUUUACUUAAAAAUAAUUCACUUACUGUGAACCAAAUUGUGAAAAUAGGGCACAAAGGACCAUAAUAAUAUUAAGGAAAUAAUGUAUACAUUUUUUUAAAGCUUUACCUGUAUAUAGAAUUUUACUGAGUUUGAGAGAAACUAAUGGAUCAUUUACUUACAGAAAGUUACUUUUUACAGUUUUAGCAAUUGUAGUAACAAAAAUGCUUUGUAAAUAACUUUAUAAUUAACCAAAGACAUUAUGGAUUUUAGCCAUCGGAUGGCACUAUUUCACCACAUAUUUACUGUAGACUCUCAUGAUAUGAUAAACAGUAUGAUAAAUUGGACAUUAUCAGCGUUGAUAUGCUUUAUGAAACCGCAAAGCAGUUUUUGCUUAUAAUAAAUCAGUUAACAGUAAUGUAGUAUGCCUCUGUAAAGAAUGUUAAUUUAAUGAUAUUUACUAGUGAAUUUUGCUUAUGUUGGCAUGGAGAGAAAGACCCAUUGACAAGGAUAACUACUUUUCUUUAAGGAGCAAAUUUCAAAAGUAUAAAUAGGAUGCGGGCCAGUUUCCAUAUCAUAAUUUCUUGUUAUUUCCGUUAUUUAUUGCAUUUUGUUCCUUUUAUACUGGUUUUGUUGCUUUUACUUACAGGAAAUAUAUUAAAGCAUGCACACAAAUAUUGCAUCCAGUAUAUACAUGUUCAUGAUAUUAAAUUAAAAUGGAUAUUGUC